AUGUCGGAACGUAAGGUGCUCACCAAGUACUUCCCACCGGACUUCGAUCCGUCGAAGAUGGUGAGGACGCGCAAAACGAACACAGGUCCGCAAUUACAAACCGUACGUCUGAUGGCACCGUAUUCCAUGAAGUGUACCGCCUGCGGCGAGUUCAUCUACAAGGGCAGGAAGUUCAACGCGCGCAAGGAGACAACCGACGAAAAAUACUAUGCCAUCACAAUCUAUCGCUUCUACAUCAAGUGUACAAGAUGCUCUCAGGAAAUCACUUUCAAGACGGACCCCAAGAAUAUGGAUUACGAGGCAGAGAAAGGCGCCAAACGGAACUUCGAACCCUGGAGAGAGGCCAAGUUGGCAGAAGAGACCGAGGAGGAAAGACUGGAUAGAUUGGAGCGCGAAGAGGCCGAACGCGAUGCUAUGAAGGAACUGGAAACAAAGACUCUGGACGCCAAAACCGAGAUGCAGAUUGCCGACGCUCUAGAUGAGAUCCGUACUCGCAAUGCUAGAAACGAACGUACAGCAAAAGAUGGAGCAGAGGUGACUGUGGUGGACAAGGUCGACGAUGAAAGGGAAAGACAAGAAGCAGAAGAUGCCGAAGCAGCAAGGCAGGCCUUUCUUGCAGGCACGGGCGAGAAGGUCAGAAGACUGGUCGAGGACCCUGAGGAAGAAGGUUCUGGUAUCGCUUCUGGACCGGCUACCACUACUACUACAAGUACAAGUGUCUCCAUGGGUCCUCCACCAGUUCCAACCUUUGCACGCAAACUCAAAAAGAAGACGGACUUCAGCGCAAAACUGGGUAUCAAAAAGAAAUCACUGGUCUGA